AUGGUGGAGCUAACGCCAUUCGACGGGAACCCCAGUAGUUAUCAGAGAUUCAUUAGAAAAUUUGAUAAUUUCGUCGAGUAUCGAAUCGCCGAUCCAGGGCAGAAACUCCUGUACCCAAAGCAUUGCUGCCGCGGGAAGGCUCGGGAUACUAUUGAAGAAUGUGUAAUCCUACCGAACGAACUGGGAUAUAGCCGAGCAAAGGACAUCUUUAAGGAACUGUUUGGUCUGCCGUUCCACGCGGCAGGGACACUCAUGGACGGGGUGCUGGCCGAAACUCAUAAAGCGAGAAACGAACCCGAUUCGUUGGUUCGACUGGUAACGAAGAUGCAAAACUUUUUCAUUACCCUGACUAAAAUGAAGGAGGCGGUGAUAAUCGUUCGUUUAAAGAGGGAACCGAAUUUCACCGAGCUGACGGAAUUCAUCCGUAACGGUGCCAAGGUCUCCAGUAGUCGCUUUGGAUAA